UCAAGAUGGUGAUCCAUACCGUGUCCUACAUUCCCAGCAAAGAAUGACACACUACACGUACCCGUCUAUAUUUAUCUCCGUUUCAUCUUUCAUGACUGCAGGAGGCUGGGAUAACUUACUUUUAAACCACGUCAGCCCCCUUAGUGCACUCGGAUGGCGAUGACAGUCGACUGUCAUCAUCUUGAUCACGAAUUUCUUCAUAGAUAUAUGGCCACGUGGACUGGAUCGGUUGUUACACUCGGUCCAUUGAAGAAUCCCCACAUGGAGGUUACACUUGAUAUAUUGCACUAUAGUAGUCAUAAUCAUGUAACCGUGGAUAGUGCCAUCUUGACAACUGAUCGUGUCUGCAUGUCAGAUCAUGUUACAUUAGAGUAUAAUGGAUUGUGGAUGACAUCACAACAACAGAAUUAUAACAUCAUUUACGCAAUAUAUGGAGUAAUAUAUACUCAUCACACUCUACUAACUUUCCUAGGUAUAGAACCCAUCAUGCCUUUCGAACGAGCUCAAGAUAAAAAAAGUGAAACCAUCCAAGAAGGCGAUACGGUCUAUACCAAGUACCGCGGAGGAUCUCACGAGGGCGAGGUUGAAAGGAUCGUCAAAGAUCAAGCCGAGGCCAGAGAAGAAGGAGUCGCCAAUCCUCCCAAGGUCAUCUAUACAGAUCAACAUGGCCAUCGGGUGGCGCAUAAUCCCAGUACCCUAGAAAGGAUAAAAUGAAGUUGGGUAGAAGUUGGGAAGAAUAACGUAUACCCUGUCGAUAUCAGGAUCCAAGAUCAAACGACUGCAACGCCCAAUUUUCAGACUUCCAACUUUGAGAGAACCAGAAUCCCCCUUCUUCCCCGCAGGUUCACUCCGGCAUUCCCCACUU